AUGCAGGAGCUCAAGGUGUGCUGCAGGAGAACAAGCUGCUUGAAAUCCACAGCUUCAGAGCAGACACUUCUGAAAGAAGUUACCCAACUUAGAAAAGAGAAUUAGUUCAUCAUUUAGGAAGAUUUCAGAUAUUUUGAUGUGCUUCUUUUUGCCAACACAAUGAAGGAAACGUCCUGCUUCUGCAUGACUUUUUCUUCCUUGUGGGAACAGAUGGUAAAGGCUUACAAAUACACGACUGGUAUUUUUUCAGUGACUCAUACCUCAGAGCUACGAGAUUCAGAUCGUCAUAAGCAGCCAAGCAAGAUGGAUGUAAGCUUACUUGAGGAGCAGUAUGACCACAUAAAACAGAAGCAAAAGCUGCAAUCACACAUUAUUGUAUUUAAAACAGGUGAGCAUGAAUCUGUUUUCCCAGAAUCAAUGGUCAACGCUGUUUUAAUUAAUAAAAAAGUUAGAAAUUCAAAGUCAUUUACGGAACAUGUCCCUGUCAGAAAGGUCAGGCUGGAGGUGACCAGCAAUGGCACUGCACAUGACAGCUCACCCUGGCGUACUCACCUGGGAAUUCACCGCCUGGCACAAAGUCCUUGUAAGAAAGUUCCCUGGGAUCUUUCCUACUGCAGGAAUGAACCGUGCAGUUUUGACAAUCAGAGGCUGAUUGCAGAGGAAAAUGGCGCACUGCAACACAAGGAAUUAGAAGAAGCGAGUGAACUCUCCAUGCUCAGUUCAAGUACAUUGAGCAGUUUCAGCAAAGAGAGUGGCAGCACCAUCUCAGGAAUGUGCCAAAAGCCUGCUCUGAAGUCAGACACUUCAUCAGUUUGGAUGCAUCACCAUAUUUCCUCUACAAAAUACCCGCCAACUUGCCACAAGUUAGACUUUUAUCCUUUCCCUAAUAAAAAAGCACCCAGAAUUUCAGAAGCAGCAAGGAGGCUUGGAUUAUAUGUCUCACAGUGAAGACACUCUGCAAUAAAUAAAGUUCAGUCAAAAAUUUGAGUAAAACUUAAAACAGCAAAAUAGCAUUCCUUGUUACUGUGAUCAACCUGUCUCCUAUUAGCCAAGGAAGAUCUUCACAAAAUAAGUUGUUGCUGUACAGUACAGUCUAAAGUGAGUUGUAAGGAAGAUGUUGGACUGCAACAGAAGCUCACUUUUAUUAUUCCAGAUAUUGGAGCAAUUUUUCUGGGCCGUUUCCCCUCUAUUUUCAGGUUACUUAUUUAGAAACAAAGACUGAGUCACAACAACAAUUUGAAAGAUCUGAGAGCUAUAGCAAACAUUAGCAAAACUGCUGAUGAAACAACAAGGCUGAACUUCAGUAUGGUACGAUUUGACUAGACAAUAAAUAAAUGAGCAAUGAAACAGUACUGAAGGUGAUUCAUGCACUUAAUAUGAUUUCAUAAUAGCCUUUUCUCAAAAAAAAGAUAUUCAUUAUAAUUUUUAAUGUAUUUUUAAAAGCAAUUAAUAAAAUCUUUGCUCACA